CUACGAACGCAUCAUGGUGCUGUGGAUCAAGAAGCACUUACCUCUGGUUCCCCCGUCGACGUUUUGGUAGAAGUCAAGCAAGCAUUAUUAUCGAUGGGCAUUGAUGUGAAGAAAGAUGGCGAGUACAAGCUCAAAGGUGUCCGUCAACGUCGAAAACAGCAACAGCGACCGUCGUCACAAGAAUCGAGCACGACUUCGUCUUCUUCCAACUCGCGCACAGACAAGAAGCGCCGAAUGAGCACCAUGUACGGCGAUCCGGUGGUGGAUCCGGGUGAAGAAGUCAGAUUCAGCGUGGAAUUGUGCAAGAUCAAGAAUCUUCCUGGAUUGUACAUUGUUGACAUUCGACGCAUGCGGGGCAACGUUUGGGCGUACAAGUUCUUGUACCACACCUUACUUGAC